AUGUCGGAGACUUGUGCUGACAUCCCAAGCUCGGGAACAUUGGUGAAACUUCGUGUCACUUGUUACUUGCACAAAAUUCAAGGGCUUGCGAUCGUGUUGGUUACUCCACCUCCCGAGGCAAAAGCUGUUGAGGAAUUGAGCGAUAGGGAGUGUAGUGGGCUUUUAAAACCUCAAGAUCUCCAAAGCCAAAUUGCCAACUCUUGCAGAUCAGACACUGUUGUCGGUGCAAAGAGCAUUUUAGGCAGUCCCUGCGGGAGCAUGUCACCAUAUCAGGAAUGGCGUCGGGGCGAUGAUCGGCAUAGCCUUAAUUUCACUUAUCGCUUUACUUACACCACGGUGGAAGUAAAGUAUGACAAGGACCAGGGGAGAAUAGAGGGGAAAGUAGAAGCGGAAGGGGAACUCAUUGUGGCAGCUUUGUCGCAGAUAUCUCCUGCGGUGUAG